CGCGCGGGGCUCGGAGGCGCCGGCGGGGGGUUGUGCGCACCGAGGGGCAGCUGGCGACGUGAGCAGCCGCCGGCCCUCCAGAAAGUUUCGUAGAAGUUUGCCGGGCGCCGUCGCGAGGCCGCCUGCUGAACCAUGAACGUGUUCCGAAUCCUCGGCGACUUGAGCCACCUCCUGGCCAUGAUUUUGCUCCUGGGGAAGAUCUGGAGGUCCAAGUGCUGCACGGGCAUCUCUGGGAAGAGCCAGAUCCUUUUUGCUCUCGUCUUCACCACCAGGUACCUGGACCUCUUCACCAACUUCAUCUCCAUCUACAACACAGUAAUGAAGGUGGUUUUUCUCCUCUGUGCCUAUGUCACAGUGUACAUGAUCUAUGGGAAAUUUCGGAAAACGUUUGACAGUGAGAAUGACACAUUCCGCCUGGAGUUUCUGCUGGUCCCAGUCAUUGGCCUCUCCUUCCUUGAGAACUACAGUUUCACCCCCCUGGAGAUCCUCUGGACUUUCUCUAUCUACCUGGAAUCAGUGGCUAUCCUGCCUCAACUCUUCAUGAUCAGCAAGACUGGUGAGGCUGAGACCAUUACUACUCACUACCUGUUUUUUCUGGGUCUGUACCGGGCACUCUACCUGGCUAACUGGAUCAGGCGGUACCAGACGGAGAAUUUCUAUGACCAAAUCGCGGUGGUGUCUGGAGUAGUACAAACUAUCUUCUACUGUGACUUCUUCUACUUGUACGUGACCAAAGUUCUUAAAGGAAAGAAGUUGAGUCUUCCAGUGCCAAUUUGAGGGCUCUGAGAUGUUCUACACUUUAACAAGGGCAUGGAAUAAACCAUUUCAAAUGUU